AUGACUUCGCGAACAACCUUCACCGAUCACAAAGACACAUACCAAGCUGCGCUCAUCAGUCUAUUCUCCGGUAAACCAGAAGACACAGAACAAGAUUUAUCUAAACUACUUGCCCCCAACUUUACACAACGAGACGAAGACGGCACCCGAGACUUUGCCGCCAUUGUAGCCCACAUGCGAUGGCUGCGAGAGAAUGUGCCCAAUGUCACUCUAACCAUUACUCGAUUCUUGCGUGAUGGUUCCCAGAUAGCUGACAUGCACAUUGGAUUGACUACACUGGAAGACGGAACAGUUUUGAAAUCCGAAACAUACAUGUUUGGAGAGGUUGCUGAUGAUGGACGACUGCUUUCUCUUGUAGAAACCGUCAACCAAAUCAAGGACUAG